AUGAGGCUGUUGCUUCCUUUUUGGGAAGUACUUGUUGUGCGAAAUUCAGCACUGCUUCAGCUGAAAACGCGUUUACUAACAAACAAUUUGAGUGAUCAAGCCAAAUUCCAAAAGGAUCUUUCAAGCAAGCUUAAAUUUCAACUGAAGCAGCAUGCAGAUGAUUUUUUUGACUUCGUCACAGACAUAUUUCAACUGAGUCGAAAAGAUAAACGCAAGGCGACGGGAUGUCGAAAAUAUACCUUUCUCAAAGCGAAGGACUUAAGAUUGAGCACGUUGAUACCGUUGCUUGGAUGCGAUUCAUCACAAAUUGCUUAUGUUUUGUUUCAGCGUGAUUCAUUUUUCAAUAAUACUUUUAAGAUGCUAGAUUCGUUGGGCUGUUUAACACUUCACAAUUUCGAUCAACUGCAAUAUCGCCAUUUCCGUAUGAUUGGAUACGACGUGAACGAUGAAAAAGAGCUGCCACGAUUUCGUAACGGUUACCAUUUCACGUAA